GAAUGGGUGAAGCAUGACGGUUCGGUGGCCACUGUUGGCAUCACUGAUCAUGCUCAGGACCAUCUUGGAGAAGUAGUGUUUGUUGAUCUACCAGAAACUGGUGGUUCUGUUUCCCAAGGAAGCAGCUUUGGAGCUGUCGAAAGUGUCAAAGCCACCAGUGACAUUAAUUGUCCUAUCUCGGGCGAGAUUGUUGAGGUCAACACAAAGCUUACUGAAACGCCUGGCUUGGUGAAUUCAAGCCCAUAUGAAGAUGGAUGGAUGAUUAAAGUGAAGCCAAGCAGUCCAUCAGAAUUGGAAUCUUUGAUGGGUUCCAAAGAGUACACAAAAUUCUGUGAAGAAGAGGAUAGCCAUUAACACCUGAAGGUGCUUCUUGAUCCAACUUGGAUUAACUGGCGUGCUUAAGGUUGAUAUUGUUAUACAAAUUUCCAGUCAAAUAAAACUGUUCAAGCAUCAAAAUAUUUUCCACUUGUCGCGUAGCAUCUUUGGCUAUGCUGUUCCAUGAUUUGAUUUUUGUAAUUAAGACCAUCUUGCCCUCUCUUUCAAUUCUUCCUGUUAAAUAGAUGUAUCACCAACAACUACACCUCCAUCCGAAACAAGUUGGGGUCGGCUAUAUGAAACCUCACUUACCAUGUUACACCAUUUUAA